UCAAAAGAUAACGAAUUCUGUGUGCAGUGUGGGUGUCUGUGGGUGAGGCAGCUCACGCAAAGGGCCUUUACAGAUACACGAAGGCACUUUGCUCAACAUGUCUGUACAACACGUACUCUCCACGCACACGCACACACGAACAUGUUUUACACGUUGUCACAAAUAGACACGACCAACGGUGGACUCACCUACGGGUCUGACGAGGCCUUACUCUCUCAUAGUCCAUCGAUAUCCUAUCCACUCACUGCAGCUCAUCUGCGCUGCACUGGCCUACAGCUCAUACCCGCGGGCUGUCGUCUCGACCUCGUCCUUGUCGGGGUCAUAUGUGGCAAUGAGCAGCUCCUCACCAGCCUUGAUGUCACGGGUGGCAAUGAUGGCCACCUCCAUGUGGUGCUGCUGGCCUUCCCCCCUCUCCCUGCCGCUGCUGCUGCCGCUCCUCCUCUUGCCACUGCUGCUGUUGUCUCAACCAGGUCUGGGGCAGGCCCCUUGCACCUCACCUCAAUCCACUUCACCUGCACAACAAAGAAACACACAAACAAACAAGCAAACAAAGAAACAACCACCAGUGAAGUUUGGAUGAUGUGGCAUAUUGGGAUGUUUCUGUGUGGCAGCGACGUACGUUGGCGUUGGCUGGCGGGGAGGGGUGGGCGACGUUGAUGAGCCACGAGGGGUCCAGCUCGGGGCAGGCGAGCACGAGCUCCUGUAUACACGGACAAUGCAUGUAAAAUGAACACACAUAUCACCACCCACCCACCCACCCAUCCACUCAGCCUACCUUGGCCUUGAUAAGCACGAGUGGGUAGAACAUGUAGCCCUUAGCUAAGGCAUAUGGCAUUAGCUCACGAACCUGAGCGGAUAAGCAGGACGAGCCAUGAUAUGAAUGAGGACUCAUGGGGACACUUGACUCGUAUAGUCCAGCCCACCGCACCUUGUUCAUGGCAGCCUCGUCAUCGACUUCGGCUGGGAAGCGGAAUCCCAGCGUGUGGGUCACGGUUUCGCCUCGCCGGCGAGCGAUGGAGGUGAAGAGGCCUCUCUGGCCCGGCGGUGCCACCAAAGACUGAGCUACAUACGUCUUGCACUCCUGCAUGACGACCAAUGAACAAACGGCAAGCUUCGUUUACCCAUCCUCCCUCUCUCUCUGCUGGCCUCCUCCCCACCUCUAGCCUAUUGAGCAUUUGAUGAUAUCUGGGGAGGUCGUCACGGCGCAGCAGCCGAUGGCGGUCGACCUCAUCUGCUAUCUUACUGUACGCGUCACCAUCCUGACAUGCCGUGCAAGAUAGAGGCACACAGACAGCGACAUGAGAUGUGCUCGAUUUGGAUGAAUGAAUGCUACCCACCCAGCCACCUACUAGACGUGUCUCUAUGAAGCGCACCUCUGUUGGCCUUUGCUCUCCCCUCUCUCCUCUGCCGCCGCCGGGCCAUCCUCGCCCCCGUGACCCCUCGCUGCGGUGAGGCCGCCAUUCCGCUGUGCUGACGACCUGAGGCGGUUUUUGAGGGGUGUGCGCGGGCGGGGCAACGGGGGGCUGACAGCU